AUGAAGUAUCUCGCUGCCUACCUUUUGCUCACCAUCGGUGGUAACGCCGCCCCCGCUGCCAAGGACAUCACCGCCCUCCUCGCCACCGUCGGUAUCGAGGCCGAGUCCGAGCGCAUUGAGACCUUGAUUGCCCAGCUCGCUGGCAAGGACAUUAACGAGCUCAUUGCUGAGGGUACCGGCAAGCUCGCUUCCGUCCCCUCCGGUGGUGCUGCUGCCGCUGCCCCCGCUGCCGGUGGUGCCGCUGUUGCCGAGACCAAGGCCGAGGAGAAGAAGGAGGAGGCCAAGGAGGAGUCCGAUGACGAUAUGGGAUUCGGUCUCUUCGAUUAA